AGAUUCCCAAAAAUCUCGUUUCUUCCUUUUGCUGCCGACCCUCUCCAAAAUUUCACAAAACUCUUCUUGAUUUAUCUCUCCUUAUCAAGAGUCGCAGAAGAUUUUCGAAAUCGAUUCAAAUUGGGAGUCCUGAUAUUUUAAAGGUAUGAAUCUAGCCUUAAAAGAGGGAAGAUGUGUAAAGACUAGAUUAAUUUUAGGAUUCCAAUUUCAAAUAGGAUUAGAUUAUUAUCUGUAAUUUUGGGGAUUGGGAUUAGAAUUUAGAAUUAGAAAAAGGAUUGGAGUCCUCUCUAUUUCUGUAUAAAAGGGGGAGGCACCUUCGGCUUUAGGAGAAAAAAAUUUGGAGGUCGAAAAUUGGGAGAAAAAUCGAGGAGGGAGAAGGGAAGAGAAUUGGCGAGCCUGGAAGGAAAAUUGGAGAGAUUGAGAGGAAGUACAGCAGCUUGUAACCAGAACUUCAAGGAAAUAAAGCUUGAUUUUUCAUAUUUUUCAGGCUUACAGCCAUUCACGAACAGAGCAGACUUCAAAAAUCGCCGCGUGACCGAGUUUCGCCGUCGCCGUCGCCGUCGCCGUCACCGUCACCGUCACUUCGCUGAUGCCGGAAUUCGAGUCCAAACGGACCUGCAGAUAUCCUGAGUAAAUGAGUGCUGUGAAGGAGGUGCUUCGUGUGUCUACAGCACCUCCGACUGUUGUGUGCCCUGAAAAUGAGCAGAAAAGGAUUUUAGAGUUUUGCAUGGGAUGUUUGGAACAAGAGAAGGCUGGAAGUUUAUACAUAUGUGGUUGUCCGGGGACUAGAAAGCGACCAUCAAUGGAAAAAGUGAAGCGGUAUGUGGCUGAUUUCUACAUUUUGUGUCUUUAAAUUGUGAUACAGCAUUGUCUGGUUUCUUGGUUGAGUAAUAUUUUACAAAUAAUGAUGUUGCUUAAUAUUUGUAUGCUUGUUUUGAUUUUUAUUACAUAUACAUUGAAUACUAACGCCAAAUUGCACUUUUCUAACAAACAUAUCUGAGAUUUUCGGCAAGGUCACCUUUCAAUUGAAGCUUCUCCAUAACACGGUUGGCCUGAGCAAGUGAAAGGCCGGGUGGGCAUCCUCCCCUGCAUAGAAAGCAUUAAAACUAUUGAAAUGAAAAAGGGAAAUUUUAUGAUAAUAGUAGUUGAAAUGUGUUACAGACCCUUGAGAUGGUGGUUGAUACAAAAUCAUAUGAAGACAAAAUUCAAGAAAUAUCUCCCU